CUCUGUAAUAAACACUUUAUAUACCUCUUUAAUUCAACAAUUGUAGAGGUGACUUAUAUAACUGUACACUACAUUACUUACACCAACUGAUUGAACUGUAGGUUAAUUUAGAUCUGUGUUAUCAUAUAAAAGUCUAAUAACAAGAAACUUAAAAUGUCUUCAAAGAAAUGGAUUAUACUUGGUAUUUCUGGUGCAACAUGCAGUGGAAAAACCUCUCUAAUUAAUCGACUUCAGAAGGAGUUGAAAAAUUCUGUUAUUAUACAUCAAGAUCACUAUUUCUUGCCAAUAGAUGAUCCUCGACAUAUAAAAAUACCAGAACUUAAUCACAAUAAUUGGGAAAUCAUAACCAGUUUGGAUAUGGAUAAAAUGCGAUCGGAUAUUUUUAAAUUACUUGAAUCAUCGCCGCAUGAAAGUAACUCUACAGAAACGAAUGACAAGAACAUUUUAAUAUUAGAUGGUUUCUUGCUCUUCAAAUGUAAGGUUAUUUCAAACUUGUGCGAUAAAAAAUAUUUUUUAACAUUAACCAGAGAUCAAUGCUGGGAAAGAAGAAAGGAUAGACGUUACGAUCCACCAGAUGUUCCUGGGUAUUUUGAAAAGGUUGUGUGGCCCGAAUAUUUAAAAUAUGUAAACGAAUUAACAAAAGACAAAGAUUUAUGUAAAACAGUGACAUUCAUUGAUGGAUCAAAGAGUAAGGAAGAAAUAUUUCAAACGGUUUUCAUAGACAUAAACAAAUUACUAUCUUGAAAUUUUUGUUGUGUCAUUAUUACGUAUAAAAAAGAAGCGCUUAAAACUAAAAAUAAAUAUACACUGUGAGCUAGAACUGGAUAUUUAUCUACUAUUUCGUGGAGACAAAGUGAUGUUAACAUUAGCUAUACAAAAAAGGUUUUGCUAUACAUUCCAGAUUGAUCCAUACUAGAUGCGAUUAAAAUUAUAAAGUGUUUGCUUUUAAUAAUCUAGAUUGUAUAUCUUAGAUGUUCCUUUUGCUAAAUUUAAGAUAAAACAAGUACAGUAGGACAUUUAUCUUGUAUAUUAAAUUUGUAUAUUAAUAGAUCACUUGUGAUUUUUACUGUAAAAAGCGUACUUUACUUACCUGGCACAAAUGUGCAUUGAGCAUUUUUCUUUUCAUGAAUCAAUUAAAUUUGCGACCAUUAUUUUGUGACAAAUAUAUGUACAUAUAUUACUAUAGUAUCAAAGUCAUUUUAGAUCUGACUUUGUAUACCUCUUUAAGAACUCCAUUGUAUGAACUGUUGUACUGCAUACUUAAUUUUUAUGAUUGAGAUGUGACAGUUUUAACUAAAUAUUACAAUAUUCUAUACCACACAUUUUUCCUGCUUUUUUGCAUUAUAUGUAAAGCCUGCUUUAGAUGCUGAGAAAUCAUUAAGGAAAUAAUGUAAUGUUUUACUCUUCAUGCAUAAUAUAUUCUGUACAAAAAAAUAAUAAUAUAAAACUUAGAGAAUAAAAUAUACUUGAGUUGGUAACUCACUCAUGGGCAUGCAUAAUUUACAAUUUAUUAAUCAGCCUUCAGUUUUGGAGAUCUUAGAAAAAUGUACGUAUUACAAAAUGGAUACUUUGAACAUUUUAAUAGAUUUUUGUCGGUUUUCGCUUUCAAUACGAAUAGAAUUCCAUGGGAUUUUGAAACCUAUGCAUUCAUCCAAAACAGGCUUCUA